AUGAAAUAACUCGAAAUUAAUAAACAGUUCGUCACUUAAAAGAAGAUUUCAUAAGGGUCCUUUGGAAUAGUGUUUUUAGGAAUCGAUUAGAAAAAUGGAAAUUAAGUAGCUAUAAAAGUUGAGAAACCAGAAAAUGAACACUUACAUUCUAUUGACAAAGAAGUUGAAAUUUUAUCAAGAUUGUCAAAUAUUAAAGGAGUUCCAUAAAUAUUUUAUUAUGGUUGGGAGGAUUCGUAUAAUGUUAUAGUCAUGGAAUUGCUAUAGAAAGAUUUGGCAUCCAUUCUUAAAUAAAGGAAAAAAAUGUGUUUAAAAUCUGUUCUCUAACUCUCUAUAGAGCUAGUUUAAAUAUUAGAAGAAAUUCACAAACAAGGAGUGUUACAUCGAGACUUGAAACCUGAGAAUGUAAUGUUGGAUGAUAAUAAUAAAGUUUAUUUGAUAGAUUUUGGAAUAAGUAAAAUAUACAUUCGUAAAAAUGGAAUAUUAAUUCCUUUUAAAGAUAGAGUACCAUUCAUUGGUACUUCCAGAUAUGCUUCGAUAGCUGCACAUAAAGGAUUUGAGUUAGGAAGAAAAGAUGAUUUAGAGUCAAUGUUAUAUGUUAUGUUGUAUUGUUUCAAAGGUAAUUUACCUUGGCAAAAUAUAAAGCAUGUACCGGAUGAUUAAAGGACUUAAAAAAUAGGAGAGAUAAAAGAGAAUAUCGCAGUGAAAGAGCUAUUUAAAGAUUUGCCAACCGAAUUCAUUAAAAUUUACGAAUAUUUGAAGAGGUUAACUUAUGCAUCAGAACCAGACUAUAACUCUAUUGUAAAGUUGAUAUAAUAAGCAGCUCAACAUGCUAACAUUAUUAUGGAUCAUAAAUACGAAUGGGAUAGUCAAUUGGCUAAUUUGGACAAAAAUAUGAAUAGGUAUGGAAGUUUAUAAACUGAAGAAUUGCCAUUAAAGCAAUUUGAAAAGUUUUCUUCUAAUUUGAAUAAUUGCAACAAUUUAGUUGCUUAGACACCUUCCAGAUUUAAUCAAUUGUAUCCUCCAACAACAAAAUAAGAAUCCUAAUAAAAUAGCAAUAGUAUCUAUGGGAGUGGGCAUUAGAAUAUAAGUAUAUUUAAUUCUAUGGGAAUCAUUUAUUAAAGAUCUUUAGAAGAAAUAAGCGAAGAACUAUAGGAUUCAAUUCCAGAUGAAUUGAAAAGUCACAAUUAAAUUUAUUUAUAGACUUUGCCAGAAUAAUUGAAAAAACCUAAGUUAUUCUUUAAGACUACUUAGUUUGAUGAGGAUGACGAAUAAGUCAAAGAAGAUAACUUAUUGUUCGAAAAAUAUCGUAGUUUAAGUGCUCAAUAAACCACUAUUUUCUAAAAUCACAAAAAAUGA